GUAUAAUUUUGAUACGCUUCCUUCUUCCCUUUCUACCCGAGGACACACUGUAGUGUGUCACAUUGUGUGCGAACCUUUAAGUACAGAUUGAAUUAUUAGCCUGUGAAUAUUUUUGGACGAGUUAUGGAUGUAUGGGGGUGACAGCGACUCACAGAGUAGCAACAUUUUCCAUGAAGCUACAACUGCCUUCACUUUCUUCCACGAGAGAGUUCACGGUCUGCUGAGCUUGGACGCCAUCGUUUUUCAACAAUGGGACAUGUUCAGAAGACAAAGAGUGUUUUGAAAUGUCUGCUUUGCAUCCCUAUUACGCUCUGUGCUUUCUACCUCUUUUUAGCUCCAUCUUUGAGACUUUUAAUAGGCUACCUUCCUAUGGACAAAUGCUCUUUGGAAAGUGCAAAGAUGCUGUCUCUGGACAAUAGUGUGGACGCCAGCCUUGACCUUUGGUCCAGACCUGAUGUGCAAACGUGUACAUCUUGGAAAGCUCCCAUCAUCUGGGAAGGGAUGUUUGACCCUGACCUUUACGAUCAGAUGCACAAGAUUGAAGGAUCCUCAGUGGCUCUUACAGUGUUUGCCGUGGGCAGGUACCUGGAUGCUUACCUUAAGAACUUCCUGAACUCAUCAGAGCAUCACUUUAUGUUGGGUUUGCCCGUAACGUAUUAUGUGUUUACGGACGUGCCAGAAAAGGUGCCAGACAUCAAGCUUCCUCCUCAGCGAAGCAUAAAGGUUAUCAAAGUAGAGAAGAGCUCCAGGUGGCAGGAUAUCUCUAUGAUGCGAAUGAAGGCCAUAUCAGAUGUCAUAGAGUCGGAUAUUCGCCACCACUGCACGCACGUCUUCUGCUUUGACGUGGAUCAGGUAUUUACUGGGAGAUUUGGCUCUGAGGCUCUGGGAGAUUCUGUGGCUCUGCUCCACGCCCACUACUACCACCUUCCACAGAAGUUGUUUACCUACGAUCGAAACCCAAAGUCUAAGGCAUAUAUGCAAACUGGGGAUUUCUACUACCACGCUGCCAUCUUUGGAGGCUCGUGGAAGAGUGUAAAAGCAUUGUCUGAGGCCUGCUAUCAGAGCAUCAUGGAGGAUAAACAGAAUAAUGUGGAGGCUCUGUGGCACGAUGAAAGCCAUCUCAACAAGUACAUGUGGCUUCACAAACCAAGCAAGGUGCUCUCACCGGAGUACUGCUGGGACACCAAUAUCGGCUACAGGAGGGACAUACAAGUCACACGACUACUGUGGGCACCAAAAGAUUAUGAUACACUUCGCACACCUUAGUGUGUUUUAGACUUAAGUGCAAAAUCACGAUGAGCCUCGCCU